UUUUUUUCUCACAUACAGCCCUUCAUUUCAUAUACAUACAAAUAUAUACAUAUACUCAGUCAGCCAAUUUUUUCUCCAUUGCUUGUUCUUACCCUCAUCGCAAUAUUUCCGCACGGAUUCUUCUCAGCCCUUAUCCAGUUUCUCCAUUCCUCUAUUUAUUCAUCUCUUUCAACGGUUAUAUUCUUCAGUUGUAGCUAGCUUUGUCUUCUUGAAUUCCGUUUCCGCAGACAAUUGUAAUGCGAAGAAAUGGACGUCAAGGGAGGUUAAAACUUGUUAGGUUAUGGCCUUGACAGGUACUUGGGCAAUGUGUGAGGGUAAAAAUAUCUCAGGAAAAUCAGUAUUCGGUAUAAGCCAGGUCAAGGCAGAGAAGCUGAGCUAUAGUAGGAUCAGUGAAAGUGGCAUGGAAUUUGAAUCUGAUUGGACGAAGCAUAGAAUAUUAUCGUCCUUCACAGCUCAAGAGAUCCGUUUUGCAACAUCUUUUAUGCCUUGGUCUUGUAGAAUUCCCAUUAGUGAAGGAUUUCAUGAAUUUCUUUAAUUAGCCGUCCAGAGUCUUUUCGUUGCAUUGGUGCUUGUCUAGAGAGACAGUUUUUGUUAAUGAUGAUUGUGGUAUCAAACUCCUAUAGUCUGUGAACUUAAAGAAUGCCGGGUCCUUUUUCUGUUAAGAGAAUCAAGGAAUUGGAUAUGUGUUUCUCCGACUCGGUCCAGCAUGACACUCCAGCUGCUAAAAGUGGUCCAAUCUUAUUCUCUAAAGUUGCUGAUGCUGAAAAUGGCUCGAUCCUAGCUUCUAAGGUUGCCGAUGAUUGGAAUAGUCCCAUAUUGCCUGGACUGCCUGAUGAUGUAUCGAAACACUGCCUCGCUCUCGUUCCCCGCUCUAAUUUUCCUGCCAUGGGUGCUGUAUCCAAGCGGUGGAGAUCCUUUAUCAAAAGCAAAGAGUUAAUCACGAUCCGAAGACUUGCUGGGGUGCUUGAAGAAUGGCUUUACGUUCUAAUUGUGGAUGCUGAAGGAAAACAAAGCCACUGGGAGGUUCUCGAUUGUUUUGGACAUAAACACCACGAGCUCCUCCCAAUGCCUGGACCUCUUAAAGCAGGUUUUGGCAUUGUUGUUCUCAAUGGGAAGCUUCUGGUAAUUGCUGGAUAUUCUGUCGUUGAUGGAACUGGUUCUGUCUCUUCUGAUGUUUACCAAUAUGAUUCUUGCCUCAACAGCUGGGGCAAAUUAGCUAGCAUGAACGUAGCACGUUACGACUUUGCCUGUGCUGAAGUAAACGGCAAGGUCUAUGUCGUUGGAGGAUGUGGGAUCGAUGGAGUAUCUCUCUCGUGUGCUGAGAUGUACGACCCUGAUACCGACAAGUGGACUCUAAUAGAGGAUCUGAGGCGCCCAAGGUGGGGCUGUUUUGCCUGUGGCUUUGAAGGGAAGCUCUACGUCAUGGGCGGAAGAUCGAGUUUCACGAUUGGAAACUCACGGUUUGUCGAUGUGUAUAGCCCCGAGGAUCACGCUUGGUGCCAGAUGAAAAACGGCUGUGUUAUGGUUACGGCUCACGCUGUGCUCGGGAAGAAGCUCUGUUGCAUGGAGUGGAAAAAUGAGCGCAAAUUAGCAAUAUACAACCCAGCUGAGAAUUCCUGGAAGAUGGUCCCGGUUCCAGUGACUGGAAGCUCAAGCAUUGGGUUCCGGUUCGGCAUAUUGGACGGAAAACUUUUGCUGUUCCCGGUGCAGGAGGACCCUGGUUACCACACGCUGUCAUACAACCCGGAUGCAGCCCCGGGCUCCGAAUGGCAGACUUCUGAAAUAAAGCCGUCGGGAUUGUGCCUCUGCAGUGUCACAAUCAAGGCAUGAAUUCAUUCAAACACUACUUUUACAUUCAUUUGAUUUUCCUAGUUGGCUUAUGUUUUAUGCAACUAGGUCGUAGUUCCUUUGUGUCUGCUCCUACAGUUCAUGGAACAACAUCAUUAGGCAUUUUAAUCCAAUAUCUGUAAGAACUGUAUUCAACUGUCUUCUGCCUCUGGGUGUUAGGACUCUGUACUCGCUUCCAAUUUCUUGGGAAUUUGUCUUCAAAUUCUUACAUGGUAGGAGUAUCACACAGUGUUUGGAUCUUAGAUUCAAUUUCUUUUCACUUUUUUUAGUAAAUUUUAACAGCACUCAUAUAUGUUAUAUGGAUUUUAAAAUUUAUUUUAU